AUGGCUAUGACACUUCCGCUCUCGCCUGCGUCGGACGCGGCGAGUCCUGUCAUUGGCAACAACAACAGCAACAACAGCAAUAACAACAACGACGCUGGGUCGCCUUCUGCUUUGGGCGACGCUUUGAGCGGUGGGCCUGCUUCUCCCACCGCCGCUUCGGUAGCUUCUACGGCUGUAGGCUCGAACAGCUCUUCAGCCUCUACCCCCUCCGCCUCUGCCUCUGCCUCUGCCUCUGCCUCCGCCGCCAACAACAACAACGGCGGCAAUGGCGCACCAGCCCCCGGCUCAUCCAACAAUACAGCGCAUAACACCGCCGCGGCACAUACCGCCUCCGCACUCAAACGCAAACCCUCCCGACGCGCCAACACCGCCGAACGGCGCGCAACACACAACGCCGUCGAGCGUCAGCGGCGCGAGACGCUCAACGGGCGAUUCCUCGAUCUAGCCGCUCUCCUCCCCAACCUCUCUCAAAUCCGCCGGCCGUCCAAGUCCUCCAUCGUGAAUUCGAGUAUAGCGCACAUUCAUGCGAGUCGGAGGCAUAGGGGUAUGGCGAGCCAGGUUGUGAGGGGGUUGAAGGCGGAGUGUGAGGCGCUGAGGAGGGAGGUGAAUGAGUGGAGGGAUCGGGCGGGGAUUCCGAGGUGUGAGGAGCCGGUUAGGGGGGAUGCGGUGGGGAUGGUGAUGAGUGGCGAGUUGGAGUUGGUGGGGGUUGUUGGGGAGGAGGAGGGGGAGGAGGAGGAUGAGGAUAUGGUGGGUGUGCAGGGACAGGAAAGGGGGGGAGGAGGACUGGAGAGGGAGAGAGGGGGAGGGGGGUUUAUGGAUGUGGAAGAGGAGAUGGGGAUGGGUGGCAUGGGGGGGAUGGGGUAUGCUGCGUCGCCUGUUUCGGCGCAUCCGCAUCCGCAUCAUGCGCUUGCGCAUCAUGGACAUCCGGCGCAUUCGGCGCAUCAUUUACAGGCGCAUCAUGCUAUGCACCCUGCGCACACUGCGCAUCAUGGACAUGGGCAUGGACACCAUGCGUCGGUGUCGGUGCAUCAUCCUGCACAUGGGAUGCACCCGUCGCACGCUGGUCAUCCAUCGCACCCUUCACACCCUGGUCAUCCAUCGCACCAUCCUGCCCACCCUGGUCAUCCUGCAUACCACCACCAGCACCAGCAGCAAAUGACACUCGCACAACAACAGCAGCUUAUGCAGCAGUUGCAUAUCCAGGCCCAGUUGCAGGCGCAAGCUCAGGCUCAAGGGGGAGUGUUUGCGCAUAAUCCGCCUAGUGCUUCUUCGGCUGGGGAGAGGGGUGCUGGGGAGAGGGGUGCGGGUGAGCGAGGGGGUGAGAGGGAGAGGGAGAGGGAGAGGGGAAAUGGAGGUGGAGGUGAGAGGGAGAGGGGGGGAGGAGGGGGUGAGAGGGGGGGAGGAGGGGGUGAGAGGGGGAAUGGGGGAAAUGGAGGGAGUAGACCUGGGACGGCGGAGUUUGGGUAUCAUUCUAGGUCCUCCGCGGGGUUUGGACCCAACAACAACAACAACAGCUCCAGCAGCAGCGGUCCCGCCGGGUCUAACUCCUCCGCGUCGGCGUCGGCGUCGGCGUCGGCGUCGGCGUCUGGGAUGUUCACGCCGCCUGCUACUGCGCAUGGGUUGCCUUCUUCUUCUUCUGCGUCGGGCUCGGGUUCGGGUUCGGGUUCGGGAUCGAAUGUUAAUUCCGGUUCGGGCUCGGGCUCCGGUUCAGGUUCGAAUGGGGGACCCCAGUUGAGUGUGAAUACGAAUGUGCACAGACCGUCGACUGCUCAAUCUCAAUCUCAAUCUGCAAAUGGGGGAAGUUCGUCGGGGUCGCCUGUUGGAGGUGUCUCAUCGAAUUAUCAUUAUUCCCAGCAGCAGUCGCAGUCGCAGUCGCAGUCGCAGCAUUACUCGCAUCAGCACCAGCACCAGCAUCAGCAUCAUGGACAUGGACAUGGACAUGGACAUGGGUCGCCGGUACAUGGAUCGCCUGUUUCUACUUCCAGCGCCCAUUCGCAUAGUCAUUCGCAUGAUGUCCCGCCGAAUACAGCUGUCAGUCCGUCGGGGUUUGACACGGCGGGGUUUGGGCUCGCUCUUGGGCUCGGGCAUGGAGAUAGCUCGCCUUCCUUGGGUAUGAAUGGUGUUGCCAAUGCGGUUGGGAGGAAAGUGGGGAGGGCGAGGAGUGGGAGUGGAGCGAGUGCGGGGAGUAGUGUGGGGAGUGUUGGGAGUGCGAGUGCGAGUAGUGUGAGUGGAGGAGCGAGUCCGGCGUAUGAGCUUGCGCAUUCGCAUCAUCAUUCGCAGGCCCAGGCCCAGCAAGGUUCAAGUCAAAGUCAAAGUCAAAGUCAGAGUCAACAAAGCCAGGGCCAGAUGGGCUAUGAUGGUGGUAAUGGUGUGCCCCGAGGUGGCGGGUACGGAGGUGCCGGUGCUGGGUUUGGAGGGAUGAAUGUUAACAUGGGAUCCAUGGGCUCGAUGGGUAUGAAUAUGGGGUCGAUGGGGAUGGGUGCUAUGGGUAUGGGUUCGAUGGGCGGUAUGAGCCCCAUGAGCCCUAUGAGCUCCAUGGGCAUGGGCGGUAUGGGUGUAGGUGUUGGUGGGCUUGGAGCGAUGGGCGUGGGUGGACUUGGAGCGAUGGGGAUGGGCGGGAUGGGCGGACUUGGGGGGAUGGGUGUUGGUGGGAUUGGGAUGGUUGGGGGGAUGGGUAUGGGCGGGAUGGGGUUCUAA